UAUAGAGAUGACUGCAUCCGCAACCAAACUGCAGGAGAUCUACAACCAGCAGGGCUUCCUCUCAGCACUGCCUGUGUUGACUGAGACUGAACUGAGGGAGGCUAGGCAGGCCUUUUCUGCGCUGGAGGAAGAAUUUGGUAAGUUAGCGCUUUGAAACCAAGGAGUGAGAGAAGAAAAGGGGAUGAUAACUGGAAAUAAAAGGAGGUAUCCUAGCAGUAUUGUCAUUGACAGGUCAUGUUGUGUGUUUGCAUGUUUCUAGGUACAGAGUACACCCAGUAUAGCCUCCACAAUGUUCACCUUCAGUAUCCAUGGGUGAGAAACCUGACGAAACACCCUCAAAUCCUCGGAGUGGUCAAAGCCGUCCUGGGCCCAGAUGUGAUCCUGCUGGACUCUCGUUUUAUUUGCAAAUACCCAGCACUCAAAUCUGACCCCCAGGAGAGAGAGGAGGGGGAAACCAUGCCUGAUGGGAGUGUCGGCGAGAAUGGGCUUCCAUAUGUGGCCUGGCAUCAAGAUAUGAGGUAGAUUUGGCUCUGGGAUUUCAUGCCAAAAGGUGUUGUAUUUGUUUUGUUGUGUCUGACUGUGAUUGUAUUGUCGGCAGGUACUGGGGUAUUGCUGGUGGCCCUGUCCUUUCUGUGUGGCUCGCUUUAGAUGACUCACUGGAAGAGAAUGGAGCUCUUCAGGUCAUCCCAGGUAUCACUUCACUUUAUUUUUGCCUCUGGUGCAAGUUCAUGAAUUUUCAAAACUGCCCUGGUUCUUCAUUAAAAUAAUGGUAGAAUAUUAUAAUAUUUACAUGAAUCCCAAUAUAGUCAAAGAAGUGUUCAGUGGGGUAAGCAUUCAUUGAUUCUACUUGAUUGACUUGGUGUCUUUGUGUCCUGUAUAGGCAGCCACUGCUCUGGUAUGUUACCGCAUCACCAAGCCAUCCGUCCUGGAAACAUGUUGACCGUCAACCAGGAGAUUCCAGAGGAGCUGGUGCAGGCUGAUGAAGCUGUGCUUUGCCCUCUGUUAGCUGGCCAGAUGUCUGUGAGUUUGUUUGUUUGUUAGUAAAAGAUGGCAGACUGAUAAAUAAGUGUGAUGGAGAGUGAAUAAAAAAGAAUCUGGUGUUGGUUUCAAAAGGUUCAUGAUGGACUCCUGAUCCAUGCCAGUGAUGCCAACAUGUCCCAGAAGAGGCGCUGUGGGUUUGUGAUCCGAUAUGUCCCCACCUGUGCUUAUCCCAUACAGGUGAGACAAACAGACAUAUCAAUUGCUCUUCACUUGAUAGUAUUAUCAGUCAGUCCUGUUGUGUGCUGACUCAGAGUUUUUCUGUUGCUGCUAGGAUCCUGAUCGUCCCAGGAAAUUUCAUGCAACAGAGCUGGCCUGUGGAGCGGAUCAGUUCGAGCAUUUUUCCAACAAAUCCACAUGAAAGUACUCCUGCAUGUUCAACAAUAAUGUUUCAAAAAAUGACAAAAGUCUUUUUUUGAUGAACAUGAGUGUAGAUUUGUAUCAGCUAAAGCAAAAUGUGC